AUGAGCAACCUUAGAAUGCUGAGCUUGUUGGUGGUGCUGGUGCUAUUGGCAGAUAAUGGCUCUGCCUUUGGCAUGGGUGGAGGGAUCAAGAAGAACAAUAAAGAGAUUCUUCGGUUGAAUGUGGAAGAAGACAAGUUUCCCUUUUUGCAUGGCGUGGGAUCUGCCGAUCCACUCGAAGACUCGGUCUUGAUUUGGACGCGGAUUUCUCCUCCUUGGCCUUUCAAGAAGCAACAACAAGAAGAAAGCAAUUAUCAAAUUGAAUGGAAAGUUUGGCCAAUCUCAGAUACCCUCAAGGUGAAAGCUCAACAAGACCAACUGUGGGAUAAUCCAGCAGCAGAGGUAGCCGCGCAAGGCAGUGUUACCGUCUCACCGGACAAUGACUACACUUUGACCGUGGACGUCCAAGGCCUGCUACCCAACACCAAGUACUAUUAUCAAUUCCAAGAUCAUCCAAAGACCAAUGCUACCCAUACGCGACGUUCUCGCGUUGGAUCUACCCGCACAUUGAUCACAAAUCAAGACGAAGUUGACGUGGCCGUCCUCUCCUGUACGUCCCUCUGGAGUGGAUACUUUAACAUGUACCGACACUUGGCGCACUCCCAGCAAGCAGCCGACUUGGCCGCCAUUGUUCACUUGGGAGAUUUCAUCUAUCCCGAUUUGGAUCCCGAUGAGUUGUAUCGCGUUCCCUACGGACUCUGCAAAACACACUUUUGGUUCUCCCCCACAGAACAUUUCCACGGCGACCCUAGUGCUACUCAAACCAACCGCGCCGCUCCUGGAAUCCGGGGUCAGCCAGAAGACAAUGAAGACCCGUACGUGGCCCACAUGAUGGCCACGUUUCCGCAUUGUAGCGAAAAUCGCACCGUCUCGACCAUUCCCGGACGCAGCGGUGUUCCUGACGCCGUCGCAUUGAGUCAAUUCCGAUGGAUGCAUCAACUCUACAUGAUGGAUCCCGAUCUCCGCGAUGCCAGAGCGAAACAUCCCUUUAUUGUCCAAUUUGACAAUCACGAUUUGGGUGACGAUUAUCCCAGUCUCGCUACCCAUAAAGGAUCCGCCAAGGCAGGAUACGAGUGGGUACCGCAACGCGUCAAUCUCAUUCGCGAUGACGACGGAGAAUUGACCGAUGUCGAAACGUUUCGGCAUUUUCCAUUGGGACAAGACAAUCUGUUUGAUCUCAUCUUGUUGGAUACCGGUGCUUACAUGGGCAAUUAUUCCUACAAGGAAACGCACGGUCUUUUAGGACAAGGACAACGUGCGUGGUUGCAACAAGUCCUCACCAAUUCCUCUUCCAGCAACAGUCAAUGGAGAGUGAUUGCCAGUGGCAAGGCAUUCAUGCCACUCACACUCAACAAGUUGGGACAAGCGGUUAUCAAGUCAUCUGCGAUGGUCUUUUUGUUUCCUCUCGGAAUUUUGAGUCUGCUCGUGGCACUUCAAGUGUGCCUACAUCGUCGUCGACGACGACGACUAUCCGCCAAUGACAAGACCAGCUUUCGUCAACGUACCCGAAGUAUCGAAAUGGAUCUUCUCGCAAACUCGCGUCAAGGAGAAGCUGCUGCCUAUGAUGUCGGUGUGGGAGAUGAUGAAACAGAAGAACUCGUCACGGGAGGAGACCACAAGGACGAAAAUUACGAGGAAGAAGAAGAAGAAGAUACCGAUGACGCGUCAUCCGAGGAAGAGAGUGUGCCACUGUCACCGACUCGUGGUGGUGGUGGAACAGAUAAUCCUAAUCCACCACAGCGACGUCGCAGCGGAAGAAAGCCGCGAACAAACAAGGAAAUGCUCUGUGAAGCACACGAGGAGUCACCGCUCCUUCUACGAUGUACGGCCACGUUCUGCCGUGGCAUCACUAUUGCAUGGCCCGUAUUUUUUAUGAUUGUGGCAAUCUUGGUACGGAAGCUAGCCAUGAAGGGCGAUGGACUCUUUUUGUUCGACAACAGUCCCGUUGUUUGGACGGGAAAUCACGAAUCCACCAUUCAUCUAUUUGAUCUGUUGGACGAAACCAACACGGACUCCAACAAUCUCUGGGUCACGGGAGAUGAGCAUCUCUGCUACGCAUCCGAUGUCUUUCGGUAUAAUCCCUAUGAACGAGACAUUCUCCAUUACAAUCCCAACGACGACAGUAACACGACGCGGUACGGCGUGGAAAUGCUGCCCUGCUCCGGUACUCGUGGCAAUCUCGAUGAAAUGGCGGGAUCCAUCCUGGGGCCGCUCUUUCAUCCACGGGGCAUGCUGAGUUUCCUCUCCAAAUUCAUUCUGCAUGACGCCGUUGUCCUUAUCAAUAGGCACUUUCGAUAUUUCAACGGGGAUGAUCAUGGCUACGGAUUGGUAAAGGUGACGAGAGAACAAAUCACCGCCACCUUUUACUUCUUUCCGAUUCUCGAAGUCACCAACAAGCACAACACCAAAACCAUGGUGGUUCGUGAUGGCGGUAACAAAUGGGAGUAG